AUGGUGCGCUUCAACACGGAUACGGAUCUCCCUGAUCUUACCGGCAAGGUCAUUCUCGUCACCGGGGGCAACGUCGGCCUCGGCAAGGAGACCAUCACCCAGUUCAGCAAACACAACCCUGCCCACAUCUAUCUCGCCGCCAGGAACGAGUCCAAGGCCCUGGCCGCCAUCCAAGACAUCAAAAAGACAGUGCCCAAUGCCGCCCCCAUCACCUUCCUCGAGGUCGACCUGACGUCGUUCGAGAGCGUCAAACGCGCCGCCAGCGAGUUCCGGUCCAAGUCCGAGACGCUGCACAUCCUCGUCAACAACGCGGGCAUCAUGGCCUGGCCGCCCGGCACCACCAAGGAGGGGUACGAGAUCCAGUUCGGCACAAACCACAUGGGCCACGCCCUCUUGACCAAGCUGCUGCUGCCCACCCUGCAGCACACCGCCAAGACCGGCCCGGAUAAGGAUGUGCGCAUCGUCUCGCUUUCCUCCAUGGCCGAGAGCUGGGUCCCCAGCGACCUCUACAACUUCGCCGACCUCAAGACCGACAUGGCAUCGGUCGGGACCUGGGCCCGAUACGGCGCCUCCAAGGUCGCCAACAUCCACCAUGCCAAAGCGCUCGCCAAGCGGUACCCCGAGAUCCGCUGCGUGGCCGUCCACCCGGGCGCUGUGAGCACGAACCUUGUCAGCGGUCCCGCCGCCAGCUGGCCCAUCAUCAAGCCCCUCAUCGGCUUCGCCUCGUGGCUCGCCUUCUCGUCCGUCUCCAACGGCGCCAAGAACCAGAUCUGGGCCUCGGUCAGCCCAGACGCUGAAACCGGCGUCUUCUACUGGCCGGUGGGUGUCAAGGGAAGGGACUCCAAGCACGCAAAGGACGAGGACCUGAGCGAGAAGCUGUGGGAGUGGACUGAGAAGGAGCUGGAAGCGUAUGCUUGA